AUGGCAGAGCGUCCGGCAGUCCCACCAGUGCUGCCCCGGCUCUCCAAAGAUGUCUUCACAACUGCCCCACCGUGGCCACAAAGUGCUCGGGUGAAGGAGAGAGGGCCCCUACCGGGACUGGACAGCCAUUUUGCCGACGUGGGCUUCAUUGGCACUGGCCUUCAGUGCAUUUGUGACCGCCAGGCGCUCGUUCCUGCGAUGCUGGAGACGCGACGUCUCGAUCGUUGGGCUUCUGAGGCCUUUGCGAUCGUCGCCUCGACGCAGGCCUUGCUCUACUGGGAGACCAUACAUUGGCCAUGGUCACGGAUCAAGAGAAGCCCACGAGAUGUUUCCUCGAUGUGGGAUCCAACCUCUUUAGCAGCGAGCAAACUGCAGUACGAUAGUCUAGCCAGGCGAGAGGAGCUCUUGAUGAAGAGGUUUCUGUCCAUCAACAAGCAUCGCCAGAUGGAUGAAAAUGCUCCCUGGCAAGAGCAUGCGGAACAACUCCGAGAUCUUCUGAAAGGUGGCUACUUGAGCUUAGACAGCAUCACGAGCAGUGACGGCAUGCUGGAUUUUUUCGCCAGCCAUCGUGUUUUAGCGCACCAGGAGUGUCUAUCAUGCUGCCUUGGCAUUCGCAUGACCGUUCACUACAACCUCUUCUGCGGCACAGUCUUGGCACUUGGCAACGAAGAGCAGUGUCGCUGGCUGGAAGAAUCCCAAACGCGCGGGCAACUGGGAUGCUUCAUGCUCACAGAGGUGGGUGCAGGUGUCUUGAGUGGAUUGGUGGUCGAGACAACCGCCACAUGGACCUGGGACGCAGAAGGGGGUGGCUUUGAUUUGCACACACCAUUUGCCUCAGCCGAGAAGACCUGGAUAUCGCAGGGUUUGGCGGCAGAUUGGGGUGUUGUGGUGGCGAAUUUGGUGCUCGAGGAGAACUUGGGGCCCCACGUCUUUCUUGUUGACAUGCAAUCCAUUGGUCUUCAGCGGCAGAGCAUGGGGGAGAAAACCACCUUCAAUGCGCUGGACAAUGCCAGAGUGUCUUUCGACCAUGUUCGACUACCUGCUACGGCGUUGCUUUCCAAGCUUUGUAGCGUGCAGCAACACGUUUUCCCUGAUGGAAGCUGGAGAGCAGAGUAUACCUUUGCAGGACGGCGGCCACCCUCUUUCGUGCAAAUUGCGCAGCGACUGCUGUCGGGAAGGUUGUGCAUCUCUGACUCAGCCAUUGCUUAUGUCGAAGGUGUCCUCAGAGUUACUCGCAAGUACGCUGAGAGCCGAAGAGUUUGGGUGGACAAGGAGCGACAAAUGCAACUUUCAGAGCUGCCCUACAUGAGAAAGGUUCUUCACAGCGUCGAGGUGGGCCUCAACGUGCACAAAGCCUUUCUACUCAUUCUGCAGAAAGAGUUUGCACAGGCCAUUCAAUCUGGGCAAGAACUCUCCAGACAGCUGGUCACACGUAUUGCGGCCGCCAAGGUUGAAGCAGUGGAGUUUGCCAUCAAAUCCUUGGCCUUGAUGCGCAGGGAUGUGGGAUCCUUUAGCCUCAUGGCUUCUUCCCCCUUCGGCUCAAACAAUGACAUCCUGCUCUGUUGCCGCUUCGCGGAGGGUGACAGUCGCAUCUUACAGCAAAUGCUUACUCGCGAUCUGGUGAAGGCCCACAGCAAAUCAGCGGCUGCGACCGUACGCCUGCUUUUGCGUGUGCUGAAGGCCUGGCUCUCUGGAGCCUUGCACAGCCCUGCCAAGUUGGAGUACCUCCGUGAUCAGCAGCUUCUGCAGUUACUUUGGGACUUGGCGCGGGUACGGCAGCGAUGUCUGAAGAAGGGCAUGUCCAAGGCCCAGGCUGAGACGGAAGCGUGGAUCCAGGCGGACCUGGUUUAUGAUGUGGCGAAGACUCACGCGCAGCAGCUGAUCCACAGCACGGUGGAGGCAGAAUGCGGCCGAAGCAAAGACACCCUGCGGUUCAUGGACAUGCUCUAUUCACCCUUUGGAUUCAAGCCUAAGACUGCCUUGGCCGUCGCAUACUUGCUUCACGAGCCCGACGUGCAAGUUGUGGCCUUAGCCGCCGGCUUUAGCUCCUCCAGUUUCUAUGCUCGAUGGUUUGGCACCCACCCUUGUCAGGCUGCCGAACAGUUUCUGACCGAAUUGGGCAAGACCAAGGAAGUGCCAGUGGUCUGUGGCUCGAACACCGGGUUCUUGGACCGCGGCAAACCUGAUGUUGCUCUCGCAAAGUUAAUGGAAGGGGGUGCUCAUUGGCUGGUGCUGGACUCCUGGGCAACAGCAGCCGCGGUGACUCUACCCAGCAUGAGCCUUCACAAUCGGAUAUUGUCAUUUCUGCUUCCUGGCCCUGGUUUGCAGUACCAUGGCAAUUCCAUCAGUCACGCUAUGACACGAAGCAUCCGGGAUGAGACCAUGGCUUCUUCCGGUCUUCUGUUGCGGACAUGGCAGAAUUCUUUCUUGGAGGACAAGCCGCGUUUGCAGCUUGUGGGCUUGUCUGCUGGCUGGCGCCAAGAUUCGCUACCAAGACUCAACGCCACGUGCAGAGGAUCCUGGAUGGCAAAGCAUUUCGACAGAGGCAAACUUAUGAACAUGGUUGUGGAGCAGUCCAUUCGGAUGAUGAAAUUGGCUGUCUUCGAGUUUGUGGCCAACCUCUUGGAAGGAGCUAUUCGUGCCAUGAUUCCACAGGAUGAGCAGGUCCUGCUCUUGGCUGCGGCUGCUGCUGGCCAUAACUUCACCAAGUGCACCGCCUUGCAUGCGGCCGCAAAAGAUGGCGCCGAGGUAGUGCUCGAGGAGUGCAAAUCUGUUGCCAUCAAGGAUUCCGAAGGCGCUCUGUAUGUUCGAGCAAAUUUGGUGUUUGAUGGCUCCUCCCUCCUUCAGCGCGUUGUGGACCGGAUGUGCUUCGUCACACCACGUUCUGAACUGCUGGAGGAGUUGUAA